UCUUGGUCAUCAAAACACCACACACAACUCUUCCCCGGUUUUUUUCUCUAUAAACUGAAGCAAUCGCACUCUGUUUCCAUUUCCAAUUUUUCAUUUUCUCUCGGCGAAAAUGGAGUUCGGGUCGUCGAGGAAGCGGGAACAGAGUUUCCCACCAAGGAGAGGGCAGAUCAAGAUGAGGGUCAUCAAGAGCCUGAUCAAUUCAGCAGCUGCUGCGAUUGGUACUUCAACCGGCGGCAAGCUGAAGCGAAGUAGGAGGGAUGACGGCGGCGGCGGCGGCGAUGGGUUUAGCAGCAGCUGCUCGGCGGCGCCGGCCACUCCGCCCGCAACUCCAACUGGGUACUUGUCCGAUGCCGAUGCCUGAUUAAUUGAUAAUUCCUGAUCUGAUCAUGGGCUGCCGUCGGUUGAUCAUCUGGGCAAUUCAAUUACUGUACAGUUAGUUAUAUAGUCCGAGGGGCUGUUCUGUUGUAUAUUACACGACGGGGAUGAAAUUUUGCUAUGAGAUUGGUUUCUUUGUUCUUGUUGAAUGCUAAAGUUGAGUAUAGAAUGUUAUAUGAGAAUUGAGAUCCUAUCCUUCCCUGUAUAUGUAAUGGAAGAUUGGGGAUCCAACUCAAAAUCAUGAUGUAUGAAAGUAAUGAAUUCAGUUAUCAACU